AAAAAAAUUGGCGUUUGGGGCGCAACAGCUUGCGGUCACACUGCAAAAAUAUAAACAUUGUUCUUAAAAAACAAAAAACAAUACGAAAUGUCAAAACCGUAUGGCCUAAUAAUCCCGGGGCAGCAAAAGAAGGAGGCUGCCAGGCCGGCAAAGCCGCCCAUCAAACCGUCCGUAUUCGACGAGAGCAGCGAGUCGGACGACAGCGCCAAUAAUGCCCCACAAAUACGCCCGAAAGCAAGCGUGACCGGAGGACCCAGUGUAAUGGAGCGUCGGGUGGCACGCCGCAUGCAGGAGAAGGCCCUGGCCGAGGAUCCCACCAUAUUCCAGUACGACGAGCUCUAUGACGAAAUGGAGAACAAACGGGACGAGGCCAAGCUGACCAAAAGUAAGGAGCCCCGAAAGGCCAAGUACAUCAACCGUCUCAUGGAGCACGCCGAGCGGCGGAAGCUAGAGAAGGAGCUGCGUGUCGAGCGGCAAGUACAGAAGGACCGCGAGGCUGAGGGCGAAAUGUACAAAGACAAGGACACCUAUGUGACAGCAGCGUAUCGCAAAAGGCUUGAGUACGUGCGCGAGCUCCAAGAAAAAGAACAGCGGGCCGACUACCUCGAGGCCAUUGGAGAUGUGACCAAGCAAAAGGACCUCGACGGCUUCUACAGACAUCUGUACGAGCAAAAACUGGGCACCGCAGAUACAAUGGUCAAGCCCAAGACAGCACCAUCGACCGAGGAAGUGGCCUACAAGCCCAUUAAAGCGGAGGUGCCAAAGCACCGCAGCUACAGAAAACGCCGUGCCUCUGAGGAUGAAGAGCAGCAGCAGCCUCCAGCAGCGUCUCCUGCCAAGCCGAACUCAGUUCCAGAUCCGACUGAAGACAAGCCAGGUAGUGCAACCAACUCCCAGGCGCACUUGAACAACAACAUAGAUGCGGACUCUGACUUCAGCAUUGAUGAUUCCAGCGAAGAUGAGGUGGAGGAUGAGAAGGAAAAGAAUAUGAAGCUGGCACAGGCCAAGAAGCAAAAGCAGACUAAGAAGCUGGACCAGGACCAGGAUCAGGGAAAUAAGUCGGACCAGUCCAAGAGUCCAGACCAUGCCAAGAAGAAGGAGAGAGCGCAGCGCAGCCAAAAGAGGCACAGAGCGCAUAACGAACGAACAAUGGAGUUAAUAGAAUUACAGUUAUGUAAGCGCAGUCCUCUUGUUCUCGCUCUCCCACAGCCGCCACUGCAGUACUUUGCCAGUAAAGAAGCUACUGCAGAUCCCAAAUACAAAUCAAAGGAUGACGAUGGGCAGGAUAUUGAUUUGAAGAACCUGCCCAUCCCCACCGUAACCAAGCCGACCGUCGACCGUACUCUCAUAUGGCGCAAGCGGACCGUAGGCGAGGUCUUCGAGGCGGCCUUGGCCCGCUAUCAGGUGCGCAAGAAGUCCCGCCAGGGCUGAGAUCCAAUUAUACAAGUUUUGGCACCGCAUUAAAAUGGAAAAGAGCCGAAACACGAGAACAAAAAAUGAUUUGUCCAUUGUUUGCUUAAUAUGUUAAUUUCAAUUUGUCCCCCGUGUCAUAGAUUAUUUAUGCAUGUGCAUGGCCGGGCCGCCAUUCAUGCUGCGGUCCGGUCCGCAAAGGCAUCUUCUGCGGCGAAACCCCCUGGUGCAAAUAUUUUGCAUAAGUUGCAAUUUUCCUUUUUUCCCCUCUUCAUUCGCUUUACAAAAAUAGCAAGAUAAGAAAAUAAUGCCAGCCUCGUGGGUCGAGACUGUAGAUACCCUUGCAGGAUUUUCUAUUAUUGUUAAAAGCGGCUUUCCGUUCAAAUCCUUGUCAUACGAUCAGUAGUUCCAAUGGCAUCUAAAUAAAUCAAGAUCUGAUUUCCUUGAGUCAUAUAGAGAAACAAUAAACUGCAAAUGGUGUAGUCA